AAAAAAAAAAGUCUUUGUUUUCUUUCGGCCUAAAACCUAGUUACCAACCUAGCUUCUCGUACUUUUCCACAAAACCAUCACGUUUUAACUUCUUUUACUAUUUCGGGGUCUUCCGGUUAGCAGAAGCUGCCUGCUGCCCCCUAUGGCAGCAUCUUGUUUAUGCCCCCUUCGACUGCAACUGCAGCUCCAGCUCCAAAUCCUGAUGUAAAUGAAAUUGAUCACCCGUAGAUUACUAACAAAUUUUCACCAGCUUCCUCUUCUAACAUCACCGAAAUUGGUGAGAAACUGUUAUCGGGGUUCAGAAAUAACCCAUUUUGAGAAUUUUAUAAAGAACCAAUGCAAGUCUGGGCAGAUCAAAAAUCUCGCUAUAGCAAGGAUUUAUUUUGAAAGAAUGAUUUCUGUGAACCCGUUACCAUCUACUGAUACUUUUAAUCAUCUAUUAACUUCAGUAUCCAAGCUUACAUGUUAUUCCACCGUUAUUCAAUUGUAUAAACUGAUGAGUUUAGGUGGAGUGCAACCUAGUAUCUAUACAUAUAAUAUUCUGAUCAAUUGUUGUUGUCAAUUAAGUCGAGUUGAAUAUGGGUUUUGUUUGUUUGAUGAAAUUGUUAUGAUCCUGAUACAAUUACUUACAACACUCUGUCUAAGGGACUCUGUACGCAGGGACUGGUAGGUUCUGCCUUUAGAGUGUUUGAGAGAAUGACUGAACAAGGUAUUCGACCUAAUGUUGUUAAUGUAAUACCCUUAUUCGUCGGCUUUGUAGAAAUGGGGAAGUCGAACUUGCUCUAGAGUUGCAGAGGACGAUGGUGAAAUGGAACUGCAGGUCUGAUGUGAUUACUUAUACUUCUUUGAUCCAUGGAUUUUGCUAUGUUUGCAGGUUAAAUGAAGCAGUGACACUUUAUGAUGAGAUGUGUAGUCGAGGAAUUUCACCAAAUGUAGUAACGGUCACUGUGCUAUUAGAUUCUUUGUGCAAAGAAAGGAGAAUGGAAGACGCUUGUCGGGUCUUUGAGAGAAUGAGUAAGUUAGGCUUGGAACCUGAUGUAGUUACAUAUACUUCAAUGAUAAAUGGAUACUGCGAGAAUCACAGAUUGAAAGAAGCUAUUCAACUCUUCAAUAUAAUGCAACAGAAGGGUUUUGAACCAAACCAAUUUACUUAUAGCACGCUAAUAUCUGAAUUUUUCCGGAUUAAAAAUGUCAGAGAAGCAAAACGCUUAUUCAAUGAGAUAAAAUCUAGUGGACAAUGUUUAGACCUAACCAUAUAUGGGGCAAUGUUGGAUGGACUCUUCAAGAGUCAUGAGUGUGACGAAGCAAACAAACUUUUUCAUUCCCUGAAGGAGAAAGGGUUCGAAGUUAAUGAUUAUAUAUACACUAUAGUCAUCGAUGGGUUGUGCAAGGCUGAGAAACUUGUGGAGGCAAGGAAAUUAUUUUGUGAACUCCGUAACCAAAGAUUAGUUCUCGGCGUUAGAGCAUAUACUGCAAUGAUCUAUGGGCUAUGCCAGAAAGGGAUGUCGUUUGAGGCUGAAAAAAUUAUUAUUGACAUGGAAAAGAAUGGUUGCUUACCUGAUGCUAUCACAUAUAACACAAUCAUUCUAGGGUUUUUUCACGAAGGAGUGGUCGAUAAGGCGAAACAAUUUCUUGGAGAGAUGUAUACAAGAAAUCUUGUUCCCAACAAAGCUGUGAAAUCAUUAUUCAAUCUCUCUGAACACCCCUGAAUAAUAUGUUCUGAUAUAAUCACGUUACUGUGGUGCUACGGGUUGGUGACACCGACUUCAUGUGGUGCUACGGGUAAUGUUACAUAUUCCUUGAUGCAUCUCUUGUCCCCGCUCAAGUAAGCAUUCUUCAUCGGCCAUUCUUCAAUAAGCGCCUGUGGCAUUUUACCAAGUCCAAGGACCAAUUUUCUUGACGGAGUACUUGUUUGCUUGGAGUGCUGCUGUUAAUUGUUCCACCAGGAAUCGUUUUUUAUCUUAUGCUGUUCUAUACAUAUAUGUAUGUCAAAGAUAUGCAGGAUUUAGCCACAGAGUUACAGAUCAAGUUUGGCAUAUGCAUCUGAAGAAAUACUAACAAUCUAAGAUAAUGCUGAACGUUUUCAGGUCUAUGCACUUGUUCUGGUCCGAACAAAUGUGAUACUGGCGAGGUCUCGAUCGUUAGCUAACAGUAUUGCGUCUGAGGCUCUGCAUGAUGAUAUUUGUUGGCUUGUUGCCAUCAGCCAGAAAGAGUAUUGCAGUAACUGAACUGCUUCAUCAACGUAAGUUACUGAUGUCCCCCGACGUUGAUUUGAUAAGUGAAAGGGUGUGGGUUCACUGGGUUGACAUUCAAAUAUUUAAGGGGAUACUCGACCAAAGAAGUGGUGGCUACCAAGCUAUCGAUCUCUCAGUUGCUGCAAAACAGUUGGUUGAGUAGAUGUCCUUCUCGAAAGUGCUCAGUUAAAUUCCAUUGAAAAUGGAACAGAUACAAUCUCUAGUUGUGUCAAAUCCCAAUAGAAUUCGUCAAGGUCAUGCUAUUCCACAUGUAGUUCUUUAAAAGUGCAAUAGUUUUUAGCGGGAUUCUCAAGUGGCUCAGUAAAGUCUAAACAUAGGACUCAGCUUUGCCGAAUUGUUCUUGUCCUUGAAUUAUGUUCUCUCUUUCGUAUGGGGCAUUUUUGUUGUCCCAUCUAUUCUAGUGCAACAAUAACUAAAGGAUAUUUGGGUUCCUUUUGUGAAGGAAAUUUGGUGUUCACUGUUGUGGCAACAGAGACAGGUUGUAACUUUUAAGUACCGGUUAAUUGAGCUUCUCUCUCCAGCAGCACUUAUAUAGACUAGUUUGUAAAAAAAAAUAGAUUGCUGAUUUUUUAGGAGCUGAUAAACUCAAAUUGGUCCAAUCUUAUAAUAUGAAGAUACUUGAGCUUGAGGCGG